AUGAGGCCUCAGUGUGGAGGCGUGUGUGUGCUGAACAUCACGAACUCUGACCACCACAAGAGCAGAGUGGUGCUGCCAUAUUACACCUGCCUGGGGGAGGUUCAUGGUUUUGUGAUAUGGUGCAAGAAGGGUGCGUUCUCAGGACCUCCACCUCAGAUCAAACCCCGCAGUGUCAGCCUGGACAUCCGGAAGCUCUCCCUUGACCAGCCUGAACCCCCAAAACACCCUCAAACCAGUAAUGACCCUUUUACACCAGGACUGGGGAAACUGAGCCAGCGUCGUGGCAACCUCCACAAAAAAGAUAAUCUGGAGAACAUCUCUGAAAACAGCCUCAACAGUCCUUCAGCGAUGGAUGGGAUCCCGUUCGCUCUGCAUCCCAAGUUUGAGUCUCAGAACAUCAGCUCGGUGCCUUCAGACUCUCUGAUCUUAUGUAUAAAGUCAGUGCAAGAUAUCGAGAGCGAGUAUAACUACGCCUUUUCAGUGGAGGAAAAUGCUGCUAAACCAGACCCUCCCAGAACAUCCCUCGCCUCGUCCUCUGCCACACCCCCUGCCCUCCCCGCCCGCCCGAAAAUCCAACUUCCCCCUAAGAACUCCAAGAACUUUGACCUCUCCUGA